UGCUCCAGGGACAUCGAUGAUGGGACAGCCUGCUGACUGUCCAUAAGUAGUGACAGUUUAGCUAACCAGUAAAGGAACUAAAAGGUAUUUAAAAAUCAAGAGGAUUCAGGAAGUUCAUAGGGCUGUUUUGCAACUUCAUUUGGUGCUUUUGCAAAGAGAACAAAAACACUUUCCUCUUCCUUCAAAGAGUGACCCUACAGGCUGAGGUGAUGGGGGACAAGAAAAACAUGGAGAAGGUUCCUCUAGUAGAAGAAACAAAGGUGAAGGUGCUUCAUGAAACUGAGGCCACCCUCGAUGUUGAUGGCGUAACUGAUUACAGCCUCACUGGAGCAAACUCCAUCUACUCAGCAAUUCUCAGCAGAAACGAGGCCGUCAAAGAUGCCAAGCGUUUGAAGACGUUUUUGGAACUGCGAGAUAAAUAUGUGAAGAAGAAGGUUUUGUUUGAGGAUCCUCUGUUCCCUGCAAAUGACUCGAGUCUUUUCUACAGUCACAAACCUUCGAUGAAGAUUGAGUGGAAACGUCCCACAGAAAUCUGUGAAAACCCUCAGUUCAUCAUAGAUGGAGCCAACCGAACUGACAUCUGCCAAGGAGAACUGGGUGACUGUUGGCUGCUUGCUGCCAUCGCCUGUCUCACCCUGAGUGAAAAGCUGCUGUACAGAGUCAUUCCACCAGAGCAAAGUUUCACAGAAAACUAUGCUGGCAUCUUUCACUUCCAGUUCUGGCGUUAUGGUGAAUGGAUUGAUAUAGUUGUGGACGACCGGAUCCCCACCUGCAACAACCUGCUAGUUUUCACCAAGUCAUUCAGAGAGAAUGAGUUCUGGAGUGCCCUUUUGGAGAAAGCUUAUGCCAAGCUGCAUGGGUCUUAUGAAGCACUGAAAGGGGGGAACACGUUGGACGCCAUGGAGGAUUUCACAGGAGGAGUCACCGAGCUCUUUGAGUUGUCCGAGGCGCCCAAAGGCCUGUUCAUCAUCAUGAAGAAAGCACUGGAGAGGGGCUCACUGAUGGGCUGCUCCAUUGAUGUCACAACAGCCAAUGACAUCGAGAGCCGGACAAAUCAAGGGCUUGUCAGAGGUCACGCCUACUCCAUCAUAGCCCUGGAAGAGUGUGACCAGGUUUCAGAGGACGGCAAAAUUCGCCUGAUUCGUUUGCGCAAUCCCUGGGGUUGGGUCCUCUGGAAGGGACCCUGGAGUGUGAAUUCAAAGGAGUGGUCGACCGUCUCCACUGCAGACAGGGAUAAUCUGAAAAAACAGACGUUGGAGAUGAGUGAGUUCUGGAUGUCUUUUGACGAUUUCAAGAAAAAUUUCACUAAACUUGAGAUGUGCAACUUAACCCCUGAUGCUCUCACGGGGGACGAGAGACAAAGCUGGACGGUGUCAAUCAACGAGGGUCGCUGGGUGAGGGGCAGCUCUGCUGGUGGCUGCAGAAAUUUUCCAGACACAUUUUGGACCAACCCUCAAUACCGGCUGCGGCUGUACGAAGAGGACGACCCCGAGGAAGAGCAGGUACUCUGCACAGUUGUGGUGGCUCUGAUGCAGAAAGGUCGGAGGAUGCAGCGCCAUGCUGGAGCCAAAUUCCUCACCAUUGGAUUUUCCAUUUAUGAGGUGCCAAAAGAGUUGCAGGGGCAGAAUCAGCAUCUGCAGAAGGACUUUUUCCUCUACAAUGCCUCCAAAGCAAAGUGCAAGGCCUACAUUAACCUGCGGGAGGUAACAGAGCGUUUCCGUCUCCCUCCGGGGGAGUACGUCAUCCUGCCUACAACCUUUAAAGCUCAUGAAGAAGGAGAGUUCCUCCUGCGGGUUUUCUCUGAGAACAAAAGCACAUCAGAGGAGGCAGAGACCAGCAUUGACAAAAUUGAGAAAGGAAAGCCAAUCGUGUUUGUGUCCGACAGAGCACGCACCAAUAAAGAAAUUGAGCACGAGGGCAUUCGGGGAGAAAAGAAAAAGAAACCAAAGCGUAAACCGCUACAAGCCGUGGAAGAGACUGAGGAGGAAAAGCAGUUCAGAGUCAUUUACCAAAAGAUUGCUGGUGAGGACAUGGAGAUCUGCGCCAGCGAGCUGAUGGCGAUCAUGAAGAACGUACUCUCCAAGCAUAGCGAAAUAAAGUCAGACGGCUUUAGUCUUGAGACAUGCCGCAGUAUGAUUGCUUUGAUGGAUACUGAUGGGUCUGGAAAGUUGAACCUGCAGGAGUUCAAACAUUUGUGGAAAAAGAUCAAGGAGUGGCAGCUCAUCUUUAAGCGCUACGAUAAAGAUGGAAAGUGCUCCAUCAGCAGUUUUGAGAUGAGGAAUGCUGUAAAUGACGCAGGGUUUAAUCUCAACAAACAGUUAUAUGACAUCAUCGCCAUGCGCUAUGCAGACAAGCACCUCAACAUCGACUUUGACAGUUACAUCUGCUGUUUCGUAAGACUGGAGGGCAUGUUCAGAGCGUUCAAUGCGUUUGAUAAAGAUGGAGAUGGAAUAAUCAAACUCAACGUGCUCGAGUGGCUUCAGCUGACCAUGUACUCUUAAAUCACCAACUUGUGGAGAAAAUGAAAACAUUUUUUGUUGUUGACGUGACUGAACUUUCACUUUUUAGCCAAGGAUGGUUCAAAUUUUGGAUUAACCGCUUCACUUUGCAAUGAAUUUUAAAUUGCAUCUUUGAUGCAAUUCUGCUUAUAAAUAUGAAGACAUUGCAGUAUUUUAAAUCAAGAUAAACCUUUGAAUCUGU